CAAAACUCCUGAAGCAGGGCUGCCGGGCCUUUGUUCGCAAGGGCCGCGCUGGGUCUUGGCAUGCGUUCGGCUGAUGCAUGCAAACUCCAAAUCUCCUUGCCAACAAACCCAACAAAGCGGGUGAGGCGAAUGUGAAAGCUAAUGAAAUAACUCCCGACUUGGGGUUUCGGGAGACAAUGGCCCGGCGGGUCAGCUGACCACGGUUUUCAUUGGGGUUUAAUCCAGCAUUCUCGCUUUGAAUCAUGCUCUAACUAUUUGGUAAAUAGUCCGGGCACCGUUCUGCUGCGAGGCGGUAUAAAUUCCACCCCUCGGCCCCAGCCCUCCACUGGCUCGGGCGGUACUGGUCUCACUGCAGCGCGCCCAGCUGAGCAUGGCUUCCGAACACCAGAUGCCGGCCUCCAAGCAGCAGCCUGCCAGCUCCAAGAUUGCCAUCUUCGAGCAGGAGAACUUCCAAGGCCGCUGCCAUGAGCUCAGCGGUGCCUGCCCCAACCUGAAGGAUGCUGGCGUGGACAAAGUGGGCUCCAUCCUCGUGCACUCCGGACCCUGGGUGGGCUACGAGCAGGCAAGCUGCAAGGGUGAGCAGUUUGUGUUUGAGAAGGGGGAGUACCCCCGCUGGGACUCCUGGACCAACAGCCGGAGAAGCGACAGCAUCACCUCCCUGAGACCCAUCAAAGUGGUGAGAGCACCCCGACAGCCACUACCCACCCGCCAGACCAAGGACAGCCAGGAGCACAAGAUCGUGCUGUACGAGAACCCCAGCUUCACCGGCAAGAAGAUCGAGAUCAUCGACGAUGAUGUGCCCAGCUUCCACGCGCACGGAUACCAGGAGAAAGUCUCCUCCGUGAGGGUGCAGAGCGGCACGUGGGUGGGCUACCAGUACCCCGGCUACCGAGGCUACCAGUACCUCUUUGAGAAGGGUGACUACAAAGACAGCUCCGAGUUCGGCGCCCAGCACCCCCAGAUCCAGUCGGUGCGGCGCAUCCGGGACAUGCAGUGGCACCAGCGCGGCGCUUACCACCCCUCCAACUGAAGCCCCAGCACCGCCGGGCACAGGGGGCCGAGCGCUGCCCCCACCCGCCGCUGCCCCCACGGCUUCGCCUCCCAUCUCCCUCCGUGUGAGUCACACCGCAACCGAAUAAAGCUUGGAGUUGCAAAGUC